UGUGCACAGCACAGCCAUGGAAAUCAGUGUGCUUACAGUGAAGCACAAACACAUUCAGCACACAGUUAACCCUUUGAUUGCCCCUCAUGUCAACCCCUUCCUGCCCAGUGCUAUUGGUACAGUGUCGGUAGUUUUUUUUAGCACUGAUCACUGUAUUGGUGUCACUGGGGAUGUCAGUGACACCAAGUCAAUUCCCCCCAGUGUCAGAAUGCCCGCCGCAGUCCCACAGUCCCGCUAUAAGUUGCUGAUCAUUGUCAUUACUAGUAAAAAGAAAAAAAAAACAAUUCCAGUGUCUAUACCGCCAUUUGUAAACGCUAUAACUUUCACGUAAACCAAUUAAUUUA